CGCCCGGCUGCUCGGAACCUGCGCGCGGCUGCGGCAGCAUUUCCCGGGGACUUUUUGGCGGGAGGACCUGGGCUGAAAGGGGCGGAAGUGGGCGGCGCGGUACGGAGAGUAGCCGCUUUGAGGGCGCAAGCUGGCAGAACUGGAGGCCGCGGGGGAGCGGACCUCGGGCGGUCCCCGAGGCGCGGGGGAGAGGGCUUCGGGGGCGUCUUCGGCGUCUGCGGCGGCUCCGGGGGAGCGCGGCGGAGAUGGGGUCCCAGCCGGCCGGCGGCAGGGGCCUCGGCCAUGUUCGCGGGGUUGCAGGACCUGGGCGUGGCCAACGGCGAGGACCUGAAGGAGACCCUGACCAACUGCACCGAGCCGCUCAAGGCCAUCGAGCAGUUCCAGACAGAGAAUGGCGUGCUGCUGCCUUCCCUGCAGUCGGCCCUGCCUUUCUUGGACCUGCACGGGACGCCACGACUGGAGUUUCACCAGUCGGUGUUCGAUGAGCUGCGUGACAAACUGCUGGAGCGAGUGUCAGCCAUCGCCUCGGAGGGGAAGGCUGAGGAAAGGUACAAGAAGCUGGAAGAUCUUCUGGAGAAGAGCUUUUCUCUGGUCAAGAUGCCCUCUCUGCAGCCAGUGGUGAUGUGCGUCAUGAAACACCUGCCCAAGGUUCCUGAGAAGAAGCUAAAGUUGGUGAUGGCAGACAAGGAGCUUUACCGAGCUUGUGCUGUGGAGGUGAAGCGGCAGAUAUGGCAGGACAACCAGGCACUGUUUGGUGACGAGGUCUCCCCGCUGCUGAAGCAGUACAUACUGGAGAAGGAGAAUGCACUCUUCAGCACGGAGCUCUCUGUCCUGCACAACUUCUUCAGUCCUUCCCCUAAGACGAGGCGCCAGGGGGAGGUGGUGCAGAAGCUGACACAGAUGGUGGGGAAAAACGUGAAGCUGUACGACAUGGUGCUGCAGUUCCUGCGUACGCUCUUUCUACGGACCAGAAAUGUACAUUACUGCACUCUGCGGGCUGAGCUACUCAUGUCCCUGCAUGACCUGGACGUUGGUGAUAUCUGUACUGUGGACCCCUGCCACAAGUUCACCUGGUGCUUGGAUGCCUGCAUCCGAGAGCGGUUUGUGGACAGCAAGAGAGCCCGGGAGCUUCAGGGAUUUCUGGAUGGAGUAAAGAAAGGGCAGGAGCAGGUCUUAGGAGAUUUAUCCAUGAUCCUGUGUGACCCCUUUGCUAUCAACACGCUGUCACUGAGCACCAUCCGGCACCUGCAGGAGCUGGUCAGCCAGGAGACACUGCCCAGGGACAGCCCUGACCUCCUCCUGCUGCUCAGGCUGCUAGCACUGGGCCAGGGGGCAUGGGAUUUGAUCGACAGCCAGGUCUUCAAGGAACCCAAGAUGGAGGCGGAGCUCAUCACCCAGUUCCUGCCGAUGCUCAUGUCCUUUGUGGUGGAUGACUACACUUUCAACGUGGACCAGAAGCUUCCAGCUGAGGAGAAAGCCCCAGUCACGUACCCCAACACGCUUCCUGAAAGUUUCACCAAGUUUCUGCAGGAGCAGCGCAUGGCCUGUGAGGUGGGGUUGUACUACGUCCUACACAUCACCAAGCAGAGGAACAAGAACGCUCUCCUGCGUCUGCUGCCAGGGCUCGUGGAGACCUUCGGAGACCUGGCCUUCAGCGACAUCUUCCUCCACCUACUCACGGGGAGCCUGGCACUGCUAGCUGACGAGUUUGCCCUGGAGGAUUUCUGCAGUAGCCUCUUUGACGGCUUUUUCCUCACUGCCUCUCCCAGGAAGGAGAAUGUGCACCGGCAUGUACUGCGGCUUCUCCUUCACUUGCAUUCCAGGGUGGCCCCAUCCAAGCUAGAGGCCUUGCAGAAGGCCCUGGAGCCCACGGGCCAGAGUGGGGAGGCUGUGAAGGAACUCUACUCCCAGCUUGGCGAGAAGCUAGAGCAGCUGGACCAUCGGAAGACCAGCCCCACGCAGGCUGCAGAGACACCGGCGCUGGAGCUGCCCCUCCCCAGCGUGCCCACCACAGCUGCACUCUGAGGCUUUGUAGGGGCUACUCAGCAAUGUAGCCCCUCUUGGGAAGAGGCCCUGUCAAGAGGAAGCUCUCCUGGCCUGGGAAUGCAGGGUGAACUGAGAGCAGUCUUGUGGCCAUCUCCUGUGCAUCUCAGCCUGCUGGAGCUGGUCCUGGGAGGUUCUCUGCUGCCCACAUGUGGCACCUGCUUGCCGGGCCCUGGCAGCUUGGGAACAGUGUCCCUGCUUGUGAUUUUGCAGUGGAAAGCUUGUUGGUGCCUGCCUUUCUGCCUUUUAGGUUUUAACAGCCCUAGCACAAAAGGGCAGUGGUUAGGAUUAGGAAAAAAGCCAGUUUUCCAAAGGGAGAGGCAGGGAGCCUGAUUGACUUGAUGUACAGUGUGGGCAAGGCCAGAGGGGAGGGAGUGGUGGCUGUGUUGGCCAAAGCAGGUUUGCUGGGCCAUGAUGUCUGCAGCACCAGAGCUGCUCCCUCCAUGGAGGCCAGGAGGAUGGUAUGCAGGAGCACAGGCCUGAGCCCGUUGGUGCCAGGGCUCAGUCCCUGCUGACAAAGGCCCUCAGGCAGAGCCCCUACUUGGUAGCUCCUUGCCUGUUUGCCCUUGUAGCAGGGAGCUCCUUGCCUAGCUGCACAGCUUGACCUUUGUGGGGGACAGCAGGUACACACAGUAAGGUUUUCUCUUAUGUAAAUAAAAGACUUUUUUAUAAAUCCGUGAUGAGCUGUUUCUGUGCUCUCCCUGGGGCUGGGUACACCUCAGGACGAACACACUGUUCUCACAGGGCUUGAGAGUCAGUACUUCUGCUUUUGUGGGACAAUUGAACUGUUUGGCCUUGCCUGGAGAUUCCAGCCCUGGGUGAUCUAAAGUUUAUGGGCCAGCUUGCAGGAAGUCCCUCCUAGGCCUCAAGUGUGCUUAGUACCCUACCCAGCUCAUGGUUCCUAUUCCAUGAGUCCAGGUGAUCAACCCU